ACUCUAAUGGAGCCGUUGAUGGCAAAAUGGUCAUCGUUAUCGGAUGACGACAAGGAAUUAUUUCCGUUACUGGAGUGCUUAUCGAGUGUGGCCACCGCUCUGCACGUGUCGUUCUUGCCGUUUUGUGAGCCGGUGUUUAGAAGGUGA